AUGUGCGAAGCACCGUGGAAAAGGAGGGCAGCCUUAUAGUUUAAUUGAAAACGAAGGAAAUGCUGUAAUUUCUACACCUAGAAAGGGCUCAUUGGUUGCGGCUAAUUCAAUGAUGGAUGACAAGAAGGAUGCCUCCCACAAGCGGGAAACCGAACUUAAGAGGUGGAAUUGGACUCCUGAAAAGGUGUACCACUGGGGCUUUACUUUCGCUAUCACAGCGUAUGCCCUCUGGCGGUUUGCGACUAACGAACAGAAUGCCUUUCUUUUGGAGCAAAUGCCGCGUGCCUUCAGAAGCAGUCCUUACGGUCUUAAGCAAAAACGGGAUGCUGUCAACUGGGAAUGGGAGACCACGAGGUAUGUCGUGACCACCGCGUGGAAGUGGUACCUCUUACAUCCCGUGCUGGGCCGAGCAACAGCCUUCGUCGCACCGUCGCUGGUUCCUGUCUUCUACGCUGCCUACUCCUUGCUGUACGUGACCUUCGCCUUCGGCUGGGAGGUGGCACUCCUGUUCGUGGGGCAACACGCCGCAUUCUACGCCGUGGCCGCGCUACACAGCCCAGCACUUUGCUACGUGCUUGCUGCCUUCAUCCACGUCCAAAAGUUUUUCAUUCCUUUCGAUGCAUUUCGCUACAUGUACCCUCGGUACGGCCUAAUGCCCUACAGGGCGGCCUUCGUCAUCUUCCACUGGAAUAUCCUGCGCGGUCUGAGUUUCAGCGUGGAGUUCGUUCGAGCCGAGCGCCAGAAGAAUGCCGGUGAUGGUCGGCGCAGAUCACCGCCAUACUGGAAGACGCUGGGCUACCUGAUGUACCUGCCUAUGGUUUACCUGGGGCCACCGCAGAGAUACGACGAAUACAUAGCCCAGUUGGACAAGCCGAAACCCAGCUGCACACCGCGAGUAAUCGCUAGUGCAAUCACGGGGGUGCUCCGUUCCGGCGCCCACUUCUUCCUCAUGGAACUCAUGGGCCACUUCUUCUACAGUUCGGCCAUGUCUAGGUGGUCCUGGAUGGGUGAGAGACUGGACCUCUCCAGCCUGGCGGGCUACGCCCUAUCCCUAGAAUUUCACUACUACGUGUGCUACCUGUUUUCCUACGGCUUUGCCGGUGCCUUGGCCAAGGCAGAAGGCAUCCAAGUCCCGGAAACCGCACCGUGCAUAGCCAGAUUGCACCGGUGCUCGCGAUUCUGGAGGUACUUCGACCGUGGCAUGCACCUGUGGAUUCGAAGGUACAUCUACGAGCCCGUCUUAGGUGACACUCGCACAGCCUUCCGGAUGCUGCUGGGCACGGCGGUGGCCUUCACCUUCACCUGCACCUGGCACAACCUGUACGCGGACAACGCCGUCUGGUGCGCGCUCAGCGCGCUCGGCAUCGGCCUCGAAGUCGUCACCAUGGAGACGAGGAAGUGGACGCCCGUCAAGAAAUUCGAGGUCCGCUACCUGGCGUCACCUGAGCGAAUGCGAGUGGCCAAGGCCUUGCUGGGAUCUCCGCACUUCCUGCUCACCAUGUGCGCCUGCCUCUUCCACUUGGCAGAACUGGACGUAUGCCUCGUCAUUUGCAGAAGGAUCCUAACCGGUUUUCCUUUCCCCAUGGUGCCCAUAUUGGUUACCCUCUACAGCGCCUGCAAUGUUGCCCUGGAUGUGGCCGAGUGGGAAGCAUCGGCCACUGCCAAACAGAAACAAGCUUCAUCAUGAGCUACUGUACCGCAACAAAUUGGGGAAUGGUCUCAAAAUGCAUCAAUCGUUUCUUAUAAAUUAUUGUUUAUUCUA